CUCUUUGACAUAUCCAAGGUUGAAUUUGACACUUAUCCACUUAGCUAAAAGUUUGCAAAUUGAUUCAAUUCAAUUAUUUGCUUUAAAAGUAACAUAAUGGCUUUAAACAAACUCAGUAUUGAUGCCUUAAAUUUGGCAGGAAAACGUGUCUUAAUGAGAGUUGACUUCAAUGUGCCACUAAAAGAUGGAGUAAUCACUAACAACCAGCGUAUUGUAGCUGCCCUUGAUUCGGUUAAAUUUGCACUGGACAAGGGCGCAAAAUCGGUGGUUCUUAUGUCACAUUUGGGUCGCCCCGAUGGACAAGCCAAUUUGAAAUACACAUUAAAACCCGUCGCAGACGAAUUGAAAAAACUAUUAAACAAGGAUGUCACCUUCUUAAAAGACUGUGUUGGUUCCGAAGUUGAAGCAGCCUGUGCUGAUCCUCCGACAGGAUCCAUUAUUUUAUUAGAAAACCUCAGAUUCCAUAUUGAAGAGGAAGGCAAAGGUGUUGACACUAGUGGAGCCAAGGUAAAAGCUGAUGCUGAAAAAGUCAAAGCUUUUAGAGCCAGCCUCCGUAAAUUGGGAGAUGUUUACAUUAAUGACGCUUUUGGCACAGCCCACAGAGCUCAUAGCUCUAUGAUGGGUGAAGGUUUUGAACAGAGAGCCAGUGGCUUCUUAUUGAAAAAGGAACUUCAAUACUUUGCAAAGGCACUUCAUGAACCUGAAAGGCCAUUUUUGGCCAUUCUUGGUGGAGCUAAAGUUGCAGACAAAAUCUUACUCAUAGAAAACUUGCUUGAUAAAGUUAAUGAAAUGAUUAUUGGUGGAGGUAUGGCUUAUACAUUCCUUAAGGAAACCAAGGGCAUGUCUAUCGGCAAUUCUUUGUAUGAUGGAGAAGGAGCAAAGAUAGUAGGCAAGUUGUUGGAGAAAGCUGCCAAGAACAAUGUUAAAGUACAUCUACCAGUAGACUUUAUCACUGCUGACAAGUUUGAUGAAAAUGCUCAGGUUGGUACUGCUGAUGUUGAUUCUGGCAUCCCUGAUGGCUGGAUGGGACUUGAUGUUGGACCAAAGACUAGGGAGCUAUUUGCAGAUCCCAUCGCAAGGGCUAAAGUUAUUGUUUGGAAUGGGCCAGCUGGUGUGUUUGAAUUCGAGAAGUUUGCAGGCGGCACUCGAGCUCUCAUGGAUUGUGUUGUGAAGGCAACUAACAAUGGUGCUGUUACUAUUAUCGGUGGCGGUGACACGGCCACGUGUUGCGCGAAGUGGGGCACCGAGGACAAGGUCUCCCACGUCUCCACCGGCGGCGGCGCUUCCCUUGAACUGCUCGAAGGUAAAGUUCUGCCUGGUGUAGCCGCACUCUCCGAUGCGUAAACUUUUACGAAUAUUAAUGUGAUCAGCAAAAAUUAGUUGCUUUUAAAAUAAAUAGAAAAUAUU